AUGAUCAUUCGAAAACAAUAUGUUUGUUUGAUCCUGAUUUCUAUGAUAUCCUAUGCUUGGGGUACUGUUUGUGGGUCAACUGACUUAAACUUGACUCGAACUCUUCAAUCUAAUGAACAGACACCUAAUCCUGAUGAUGGUUCUACUUCAAUAACAGCACAAGAUAUUCCUAACUUAAUUCCAGCUAAUGCUGAUCAAGAGACAGUGGAUUGCUACAACGAAACCUUUGCUGAUCUCGUGGCAAUUAUGCACUCAUCCGAUACGAAUCCAGUUGUUUUGACUAGCGUAGAUAGAUUUUUCUCGGUUCUAUUCAUGCACAUGUACCUCCCCUCUUAUAUUGAGGAUAAGAACUCGGCUGCUGUUCGCGAUAUGUACACGGUUCAGUUUUAUAAUAAGCUUUGUAAUGCGGCUCGGCCCUUAUUUCGUGGUCAACCUGAUUGCAACACUGAUAUCACUCAUAUUUGGCGAAUAUUACAAGAAACUCAGCCGCACACAACGACAGAGAACCUCAAUACCUUAAGAACACGCUUAGUUCAGGAAACAUCAGCUAAGAAAUACUUGCCGCUUAUCUACCAACAUCCACAGAAUGUUGAUGAUGUAGCAAGCUAUCUCCGACGGCAUAAUGGCAAUUUAAAGUCAUUAUAUCCACGAUUCCAUCCCUUGUCUGUUAUUAAAAAUGCCCUUGAGGCUUGCCAUCUAGACAUAUCGUUCUCUGCUUCUGAUAAGCAUAAAGGCACUAUUAUCCUAGCCUCUGAGCAGUCCAGGCAACCUUUGCAGUCCCGCGACCAAGAUUUCGCCAGUCAAGUUGCCCAUCUUUUCACUAAAUGCAAUACAAUCAAUAUUAACGUAGAACUCAGUCCCGAUUGUGCCAAUGAAAUAACUGCUGCAUUGCCACAGCUAGUGUCUAUGCUCUGCACUGAUAAGACAAUGGUUCAUGUCAAUGUUAGCAAGGAUAAAUCGUAUCGUAGCAAAGAUCUCAAUGACUUUAUUGCUGAUCUAAAGACAAAGGUUGGUUCCAAUGACCGCUGCAUAAUUAAAAAGACUCGAUGGCAGACUACCGCGUUGCCCUCUUCUUCAAACUCAGUUCUCCCUAUGCCACAUCCUGAUGCCUCUGCACAUGAACGCCUACUUUCUUCUAAGUACCAAGUGUCUGGUUGCGAUUACUACUAUCAAGACAGCCCAACUAACAGCGCUUCUAUCACAACUGACAGCGCUUCUAUCACAACUAGCAGCACUCCUACCGCAGCAAAUAGCUCGAUUGAUUCUGAUCCUGAAUAUAAACCCAGUACUCCUUUAUCAGCAACGCUCAUUAAAAUCGGUCUCAAACUCGUGUUACCACUCGGCAUCCUAGUGUCUGGUUGGCUCCUGAUGACUCAUCAUCCCAAUUUCUUCUUGAUCGGUUUAGGUGCUCUUAUUAUUAUCCCUACUCUCCUCCAAGUUGCCAUGUUUCGGCUUAAAAGGUACAAGCCGGCCUUCCGUUGGGUAAACAUUGUUCUCCUUUUCACAUUACUGGUCUUCUUUACUGGCCAAUUAGUCUUGCAUCUCGGACCAUUUACUGCCAACUUAACCCAGCCUCGACCCAAUAUAAUUCUACUGCUCUGUAAUUGGGUCUUAGAGUGCGUUGUUCUUAUUCCAACUCUCUUCCUGCUUUUCCGGUCGCUUAGUUCAUCUAAAUCUAAACGCCAGUCGCAACUACAAGCCACGGCUAUUAUCACCCUAUACGUCGGGGCGAUUUUCUUAAUGCUCACAACCGUAUCCUUUGUUGCUUUCUGGUCUCAUACUGACAAACUCCAUUCAAUCAUUCGAACUAACUUGAUUGCACUUGCUCCCACUAUUCUUUUGGCCGCAGUCGCACUUGAGGCUCGUCUGAAUCCUCGUCAGAACGUCAUAUCAACAACCAGCCAGCCCUUCCAAUGGCUACCGAUCCUUCGGGUCAUCAGUACCUGCAUUAUUCUUGUUGGCUUUAUGACAAUCGUUUUGCUGGUAAUAAUCCGACCCGCUCUGUUUGAGCUCUACAUCCGAGAUAUACUCAACACGAUAAAAGGGUAG